AUGAUUUUUGUAUUCAAAUGCGGAUUGAUCCAACCAGUUUGGUCACUUCCUCGAGGACCCAAGGGAGUGUCCUGUGAAUGGCAGAACGCAUAUCCUGCUGACGGCAGGAUUGGCCCAUCGCCCAUCGGUCAAGCUGAAUGCGAAUCUCAUUCAAAAUGGCCAAUGUCCCAUGUUCGGCUUUGA